AGGAUUUCUGACUGUGUCAUCUGAGGGCCCGAUGGAACCCGACACGAUGGGGCCACAACCGAUCAUGGGCGAAGUAGGAGAGGAGUACAGGACAUCGCCCGAUUGCGCCCUGAGAGAUCUGAAAGACCGAAUUAAGCGUGAAGCGCCGCUGAGAUGGGCCGACCAAACCAAUGAAGGAGGACCCGGCGAAAGGGGCGAACCGGUUGUGACAGAGCCGCGAGGAGCUCUAAAGACAGGCACCUCGAACGAACGGCGAAAAGUGACGAGGAGACGCUCCCCCGAGUACGAGAGGAGAGACACCACGACAGACAGGCACGCAGACGACUGGAGAGAGAGUUUGAGGGAUACCUAUUGGAGGGACAGAGAUAGAGACAGGGCGCCGCCCAGGCGAGUCUUCGAUCCUCAGACAGGGGAGUCAUAUUCGCUUCCUUACGAGACCAAGGAUCACUAUAUUAUCACGCACAAGGUCUCGGAGCCUCCUACCUUCAGGGGCUAUGGUAUCACGGAAUAUCUGGAGAAGUGGGAGCUUCACGCCUGCUGGAGUCGGUGGUCAGAGGAAGAGAUUAUAGAGAACUUCCUAUUUAAURUAGACCCAAGUCUCGGUAGGGAAGUCAAAGGAGCUCGACCGAAGGAUGGAAGAUGGGCUACUUACAAGAAGAACCUCGUGGAGCUUUACAAAUUAGAGGAUAACAAGUAUUCCAUCAAAGACCUAGAAACAAUAACUCAAAAAGAAGAUGAGAGCGUGCGAGCAUUUGGGAUGCAUUUCCAAAAGAUCUCCGACGUGCUGAUGAAGAAGGGGAAGAUCUCCGAAGUCGAGCGCUGUACUAUCUUCAUAGGACACUUGUCUAAAGAUAGGCAAAAAAGUAUACUUAGAGAUCUUCCUCGAGACAGGCUUGAUUUUCCUGAAGUCCUAAAGCUCGUGAUAAAGGCAGAGGCAGAUGAUUACAAGGACUUGGUGUGGAGGGGGAUGAGAAGACGUGACUUCUCUCUCUACAAGGAGUAUGCCACKGAUAGAUGUCCUGAUUUCAAGGACUAUCCCUGGUCGGAGAAGAAUGAGGCCGUGGCAGUGGAAGUGAAGGAGAUACGGGAUAUGGUCAAGGGAUUAACGAGGCAGGUUACUGAGAUUGUAUCCACUACAGGGGUCACGGCAUACCGGGACAAACCUGGAGGGCCCUAUUCGCUUCGCUGGGACCGUAGGAACAGCGAUCCCUGGAGGAGCGUCGAGGAUAGAAACCCUCGGACGCUGACUGAUUAUCGAAUGAGGGUAAGAGAGAGAGACUAUGAGCCAUGGCGACGUAGGGAUGAUGAGAUAGACCGAGACCGCAGAGAUCGCGACCCGUUUGUAUGUGCAAAGAGGCUGGACGAUUACUCGCGAAGCCCUCGCUAUGAGGCCGAACGGGAAAGAAGCGACUCCCGCGGCCGAUGGGAGACAGAUCAGGACCGACGAGAUGGAUACAGGGGCGACAGAUACGAAAGAUCGGACCAAGAUGGAUAUAGGGAUGUCAGAUACGAGAGGUCGACCCGAGAUAGCUACCGAGGUGGUAGGUAUGAGAGAGGAGAUCGGGACUGGGAACGACGAGAUGGGUCGCGCGGACGAUUUGAGCACGGGAAAGACGUGAGAGGACAGCGCGACGAGUCGCGAGGGUGGUACAACCGAGGAGACCGACGGGAUGAGUCGCAAGGGCGAUAUGACUAGGGGAACCGCUGAGAUGAUUCGCGAGGGCGGUACGAGCAAGGAAGAUCAG